AGUUGUUCUAUUCUGCGACAAUGCCGCCAAAGUUUGACCCCUCGCAGGUCGUCGACGUUUACGUCCGAGUCACCGGCGGCGAAGUGGGCGCGGCGAGUUCACUCGCUCCGAAGAUCGGUCCGCUCGGUCUAUCCCCAAAGAAGAUCGGAGAAGACAUUGCCAAGGAGACUGCGAAGGAUUGGAAGGGCUUGAGAGUAACGGUGAAGCUGACGGUGCAGAACCGUCAGGCUAAGGUGACGGUGGUUCCGUCUGCGGCAGCCCUGGUGAUCAAGGCCUUGAAGGAGCCAGAACGGGACCGUAAGAAGACGAAGAACAUCAAGCACAGUGGCAACAUAUCCCUCGAUGACGUGAUCGAGAUCGCUAAGGUUAUGAGGCAUAGGUCGAUGGCUAAGGACCUUAGUGGCACUGUGAAGGAAAUCCUUGGUACCUGCGUGUCUGUUGGUUGCACAGUUGACGGAAAGGAUCCUAAGGACUUGCAACAGGAGAUCACUGACGGAGACGUUGAAAUUCCUCACGAUUGAGGAGGUCUUCUUCUGUUUUGCCUAUUUUUUCUUCUGUUUUAUUAGUGUUUUUUUUUAAAUUUGUCUACAUUUCUACAUGAAUUUUGGAAACUAUUGGAAGUUUUGCAAAUUUUCGUUUAAUAUUUUGAG